AAAAUCUAAAUGGCGCCGUAGCCAGCCGGCGAACGUUAGCCCUGACCCAUUCUUUAAACUCUUUCGAUAAAUUGUAUGCUAUCUGCUUGGCCGAAAAAACAAAACAAAUAAGAAAAUCACUAUCUGCUAAAACAACGACCCUUAUCCUAUACUCUCUCUUCUUCCUCCAAACCCACCUUCCACCCCCUCUCAUUACCCCCACAUCAUCUUUUUUGAAGAGUGUGCCAAUUAUAAUCUUUAUCUUUAUAUUUGAAUUCUAAUAUUUUUCGAGAUUAUCAAAACAUAUAUACAACUCAGCAUACGGUAAAAAUCCGGAAAAAGAAAAAGUAUAUAUUACUAUAGUACAUUGAACUGGGUAAUUUCCAAAGGAAGAGAAAAGAAAGAAAACUUUAUUGAGAAAAGAACGAGUGUUUUUCCAAUGGAAUCAUCGGCAGAGCGACGUCUGAAAGCUAUUCAAAGCCAUCUUGUUCCGGUCAUCGAUGACCGGUCACUCUCAUUCAUCCGGUCAAACCCAACCGCCGGCGAAUUUGUUCAAGGUCAGGGUUUCAGCGUAGUUCUUCCUGAAAAAUUGCAGACAGGAAAAUGGAAUGUGUACAGAUCUGCACGAUCUCCUCUGAAGCUUGUUACUAGAUUUCCUGAUCAUCCUGAAAUUGCUACACUACAUGAUAACUUUGAACAUGCAGUUCAAACCUAUCAGGAUUACAAAUACUUGGGCACACGUAUUCGGGUAGAUGGAACUAUUGGAGACUACAAAUGGAUGACAUAUGGAGAGGCAGGGACUGCGCGGACUGCAAUUGGUUCUGGACUUCACUAUUAUGGAUUACAACCGGUAUACCAAAUGUGGAUCAGUGCAUAUUCUUAAACUACGUACACUCUU